AACGUCAACAACAAAAAAAUAAAAUGUGGUAUAAAACUACAAUCUCAUUGGACCAAACGUCAAUUACUUGCAAGAAUUCAUAACAAAGAAUCAGUCUGUCAAUCGUCUGCUUUGUAAAUCGCAAAAACGAAGGAUUCCUGUAUUAAAGCUAAGAAAAUGAAACUGUUGGUGUGUAUCUUGAUUUUGUCAUGUUUUGCUAAACAUGCAUCUGGCCAAUGGAAUCGAAGGUGGUUCAGGCAAUCAAGUUGGUAUUCUUAUCCAAGUGGCGGUAGGGUUGGAUGGAACACUUGGCCAACAACAGGUUGGGUCGACAACAGUUGGACGUCGAUGCCAGCAGGAUGGGUCGACACCUCAUGGAGUACGGUACCAACCGGUUGGACUGGUAGCAGAGACAGCUGGUACGAUUGGUAUAGCUGGUAUAACUUUAACUCAUGGCAAGGCGCACCAUCGGUAGGGACCGGGAAUGUCCAACCAACGUCCGCAGGAUCUCCAAAUUUUAACAACCCAUCAACUCGACCAAGCAUUCCACUUAAUAGCAGGCCAGACAACACACCAGUAAGGCCACCUCGUCCCAGAAAUGCGAACGAGAGAAAUAGACCCGGACAGGGAGGCAAUCGACCACGCCCAUUUCGUUAUAAGCGUGAUAUCGAAGCCUCCAGUGAAAAUGAUAAUGUGGUUCCUAUGGGUAAACAAAUGCCCGAUUCCGUGUUUGAUCUAAUGCGCGAUCCCAGACGAAGGGCAGCGAAUAAAAUGGAAAAGUCUGUCGAACCAAAUCCAACUGAAAUAAAGUGUCCACGCACAUAUAGACCGGUCUGUGGUACCAAUAACCGCACGUACAACAAUCCUUGCGAUCUGAUGAAGGCUGGGGACGAAGAUGUGUGUCUUGAUUUUGCAUAUGAUGGUGAAUGCACAAUUGAUACCAAGAUAGUCUGUUUUGACUGCCAGGAGGAAGACGCACAACUCCGCCUUACUAAGAAUGUACUUCAGUUGACUGGUUUCGAUGAUUGGUUUUCAUACAACAUGGCGGUUUGCGGAACAGAUGGAAAUACUUAUAUUUCGAUGUGCGAUUUGUGCAAAAGAAAAUGUUUAGACUCAAAUGAACAACUUCGUCGUAAACAUAGCGGGCAGUGUGGCGCCCCGUUCCCAUUUGUUGGUGGUAAUUAGACUGUAAUGUUCAGGAAAUAAAGGAAAUGGACUUCACUGUUAUCAUACGGCAACCGGUUGAACAUGAAAUUAAGCACAAUAUUAAUGAUGUCAUAUGUCACAAACUAUGACGCAAGAAAAGAGAAUGUAUUUGCGUGACCCUAUUCUGUGUAAUUCGAAAACAUUGCAUGUUAUAAUAACGUACAAGUGAAUUAUCAAUAUACAAUGCAAUAAAUAUGCCCUCUGCAAAUAUUGACUCUAAAAGAAAAAUAUAAUGUAGUUUUUUGUUGUUCUUUUCGAUAUUGUGUGAUAACAAAUUAAAAUUAAGCUAUCGACUCACA